AGCGAGGCGAGGCGGCAGCGCGCUUGCGAGGAAAGCAGCAGCAGCAGCAGCAGCCCUCGCUGGAAGCCCAGAAGCGCCGCGCUCCACCGCCACGACGCCCGGCUAGAGGGGCGCGCCCAGGCCCGCCUCGUCCAGCACGCCGCUGCCGUCGCUCGCUCGCUCGCCUGCCCGGCCGUGCGUGGCGGCCUCUCGCUCCUGCUUGCCGACUCGCCUCCAGCCCGCGGAAAUGGCGGAGUAUAGCAGCCUGCUGGAAGAACUGGCAGAGAACAUCACCAACGAAGACCUGGACCAGCUGAAGUCGGCCUGCAAGGAGGACAUCCCCAGUGAGAAGCAUGAGGAGAUCACCACCAGCAAGGACUGGUUCAGCUUCCUUGAGAAGCACAAGAAACUGGACAAAGACAAUCUGUCCUACAUCGAACACAUCUUUGAGAUCUCUCGCCGCCCUGACUUGCUCACCAUGGUGGUGGAAUAUCGCACCCAAGUGCUGAAGAUCUCCGAGGAGGAUGAAGUCGACACCAAGCUAACCCGCAUCCCCAGUGCCAAGAAAUACAAAGACAUAAUCCGGCAGCCUUCUGAAGAAGAGAUCAUCAAAUUGGCUCCGCCACCCAAGAAAGCUUAAAAGUGAGGUGGGCGGGGGGAGAGGAUGGAAGAGCGCCAAGGACCACCACCCUCUGCCACCCUGUGAUCCAGCCGCCGGCCCUCCACUCCUCCUCCGACAUCCAUCCCUUUCUCCGUACUGACCCGCGUCCGGUUGGGUGGGGCAAAGCCUUGGCCACUAACAUCUUAACCCCGGCCCCCCCCACCACUCCCCGUGUUUCCCCCACCUUGUUGCAGACUGGUACUGGUGAGCCCUUUGCGGGGGGAGCGCUUCUGAGAGCCGAUCAGGACGGGUGGGACGCCUGCGAGGAAGCUGCAGGACUUGUUGCUAUGCAAGCGUCGAUCUCAACUCCCCACCUGUUGCUCCCACCCACCCCGAAAGGAAGGGGCUGGCCCUCCCCCACCCACCCACCCACCCCCCAGUUGAACAUCCCAGAAUCAAGAGCUUUUGAGCUGUGAAACCGGAGGGGAGGAGGGGGAGCGGAAGUUGGAAAGCUGGGAGAUGAGAGCAGGGUGAGGGGUGCAAGAUGCCACUGGGACUCCCAAGGGCUGAAAGGGAGCCCUUUCAAGAUGCCACUGGGACUCCCAAGAGAGCCGGCAGUGGGGACUCCCCAGCCCAAUUCGCAGCGGAGAAAGAUAUUGGGGCAGUUGUGCCACUAAGGGCAAACUCCGGCUUCCCGCCCAUUGCAGAGACCUUUGAUUCCACAUCAAGGGGCUCACAGGGGCAGGUGAACUCAGCCGUUCUCGGCUCAGACUCCAGGGCGGAUUCAUCCACGAGCAGCUCUCCUAGGAUCAGCGAGGCUGCGGUGGGGAAGGAGGUACCCCAGGCCCAGGCGAUAAAGCCCACAUGCUUUUGCUGAAAAGCUCAGAGCCUGGGGAGAUGCGAUGGAGUGCAGCUGGAAGGAGGGGGCUGCUGGAAAUGGGGACAGGAGUGAGAGUCAGGAUUCGGUCAUUAUGACCCCCUUGCACACUUGCCUCUGCAAGGUUCCUGCUUCCACUCCCUUGUGGUGGGGAUGAUGGGAAUUGUAGGUCAGCAUCUCGGGACCCACGUUUGAGAGCCGGUUGUCCUAGCUGGUUCUGUACCUGCCCAAGAGACCUUCGCUGCCCUUUUCCUUGCCUCCACCAGCAGGCAGGGAUUUGCCAGGUUCUUAAAUAAGACUUGGAAUGGGGUCUCCUCAUCCCAGCUCCUUGGAAUGAGGGGUGUUAAAGCCCCAGAUUUGUCCACUUGCCAUAUCGGAGUUCACAUCUCUCUUCAGCUCCUGCAAGGAGUGCCCUCUUUUUAAAAUAAAAAAAGCACCCCAGCCAACAUUUUAGUGAAAGCCAGCCAGUGUUAAAAGCGCUGAUGCUGUAAAUGGCACUUUUCCCAAAAAGACUGGGCAGUGACGACAGAGCCCCAGGGAGGACCUUCCCCCCCACACGUAUUAUCUGAGAGCUGCUAGAUGAGCUUGGAUCAAGGAUGUUGAAACAAGAAGAGAGUAACCAGGGAUGGAGAGGUUCAGGUAUGAUGAAAAUCCGGGCCAACGUACCAUAUUUACUUGAAUAGAAGAGGAUUCUGAAUUUAAGACGACCCCCUUAAAAAUACAGGUUAGAUUUGUAGUGAGCCAAAAGGAAGAGGAAAAGAACUGGGGGCGGGGGGGAGACCCUAGUCUUGGAUUCAGGUAAAUACGGUAGCUUCAAGAUGAGAUGGAACAAAAGCUCAUGAUAAUGGAUGUUUGGCUUGGGGUUGGGUGGGUCUCCUCCUUCCUGCUCCACUUGUGGCUGUGUCCCUUGACACCUGGGUGGAAAAGCAGAGUUGGGGGCGGGGUGCCCGAGUCCCACCCGGCAACCAGCCUGCCUACCCACCCACUGUCAACUUUGUGCCUUUCCUGGGUGUUGGUCGUACCGUUGUCGCCUCUCCUGUGACUUGCUCCGUCCGUGCCUCCUCCUCCGUUCACGUCCGACCCAGAGCCUCCCCCUCUGCCGACUCAUGCUCCGGGGGGGGCGGGGGGCGGGGGGCGGUCGGCCCUGCCAUGAGCAGGGAAAGGCCCUGCUGGAAAGGGGGCCUUCCCCAGACGGGCAGCAGAGAGCACACCGUGCGCACAACCCCGGCCCAUGUGCUCCGUGGGCCUUUGCGUUCUCUCUCCAGCUACCGCCCGGGAGUGGUGACCUUGUCCGUAGCUGCUCCUAAGAUGGCUUUGAUACGGCCGCAUCGUCAUUCGGUUGCUCGGCUUUGCGGUUUGGGCAGGGGGGAGAGGAGCAGCAGUCGCCCUGUGCUGAUCAGCAACCAGUCCUCCAUGAGCCUCCUGUGAAAUGGCCUCUUCCCGCACCCACAGAUGCAGAAACUGAGCCCCUGCUGGAUUCCAGCCACAGACACUUUGGAGGGACCUGGUAGCUGGGGACCAAGGAUGACCAGCGCGCCCCCCCCCCCCCGCCCGGGAUACCCCACCUAGAUCGAAAGAUGCUUCACACGUUACGCUCUCAGCCUGCACGUUGCCCGUACAUGCUAGGAACGUAACAGCGCACAGUCACAAAGACCCGCCUUUCAAGGCAGCGGGAGCCACCGCAGGCCCCCCCCCGCAAGCUGUCCAGGCUUCCCUGCAGCAUUGACACACGUUAUGAAACCUGCGUUUCCCCGACAUCAGGUGGGAUGCAGCUUGUCAGCUGCUGACGCCUCUGACCGACAGGCAUCCCGAGGGGCUAACCCAGGUGGGGGGUGAGUUCUACCCUCCCCCCUUCACCAGUUGAGUUCCUCGAAGGGAGCUAGUGGUGUUGGAGACGGGCCGAGGUCUCAACUGCCCGAACUAGCUGACCACAAAAUUCGGUGGGGGCCGGGGCAGAGGAAGGUGGCACGGGCUUCCUAGGAGAAGCGAUUGGGGCUGAGCCGUGUCGGAGCACGCUAUACAAUGUCAACUAGCUGGGGAGAGAGAAAGGGGGGGAAUGGAGGGUUUUUUAUAUCAAAUAUACCAUGGAACUUGUUUCUGUUUGCAGCAGACUGCAAAGGACUCUCUUGUUUUAAUAUAUAUAUUAUUUAAUUCUUGCUGAACUCUGCGCUGUGCAUCUUGGCUAGCUCGCCAAGCCUCCCACCUUCUUGAGACAACCCCCCCUCCCCUCCUCCUGCCUUAAAAACGAUGCGACAUUCCCCUCGCGCGUGUUGUGUGUGGUUUUUGUGCGUUACAUAUCAACAGCUGGACUAGGUCUGCGUUUCUAACAAGGCGUCUCCUGCCCCCCCAUCCCUCCCCCCCAUCCCCCCGCCCCACCAACCUGGCCUGUGCAAACAGCUUGGCCCACCCCCUUGCCUUGUGUCGAUCGAGUUGCCCUGGGUCAGAUCCUCAGUGGGGAAUUGCGGCCCCGGCUGAGAUCGGGCCAACUGGCUUGGCAGUGUGGAUGCUGCAUUGCCCUGCUUGCCACGACCAGGUUGGGGACCACAUGGACAUCACACCUGGCUGCAAACGGACACAGCCUGCGUCCGUGUGCCAUGACUGUUCCAGAGUCCCGAGAGCUGGCAGAAACCGCUUCCGAGAGAGGCCCCACCAGACCAGGAGAGCAGUCUUGUCUUUUGGCCCUGGCGUCAGCUUGCACAUGGGUUCUCUUCCUCUUGAGCAUUGAUUCUCUAGCUACAGAAAGAAAAAGAGGCAUGCCCCACACACCCUAGAGUGUGGCAUAGCCCCACAGAGCACUGCCUACGUGAAGUCUGUAACUGUGUCUCGGUAGCACGGCGCCUAAGCAAGGAAGGUAUUCCGCUGCUUCCUAACUGCACCUGCAGACGAUGCACCAACUCAUUCCUGGGGAAGGAAAUACCUCAGCAAAACCCUCUGAGGAACAGGGGUUGGGUUCUCUGACCAUGUAGACCGAGACGGGUAGCCGAAUGAGUUGAGGAAGCCUCUGAACCCCUUUCUUCUUGGCCUCAGCCAGCUGGCACAAGUGACUAGAGGAACGGAGACGCAGGGCAGGAUUGACUAACGUCCCAUUUGCCAUGAGAAAGCACCAGAUUACCGCCGGCUAAAAAUGCACCUUUGUGACCCUGCCUAGUCCAAGAGAUAGAACAGGACUUACGGAUUUCACAGGGUUACCACCCUACAAGGAAGCAGCUUCCCCUCCCCAGAGUCCUGCCAGGGUUCUGCCCUCGAGCUUAGUCCUCACACAUGCACUUUUGCCAGCGAGAACCACCUACCACCGUCUUGUUAUCAAAGCGCCAAGGCAAAUUAGCUCUCGGUCUCCUAGGCAAAGCGGUUGGUGGCUGUUUCAUCCCCCCUUAAGUAAGUAUUUCUGUGCCGAUGUUUACAGCUGAACAGUUGGUGCCGAUGUCGCUGCAAAUUAGCAAAAUUGGCACUGGGUGGAAAGAGUGCCAGAGGAGGAGGGAGGGGAAGGAGGCAAGAAUUCACAGCGAGGGAACGGCUCGAAACUAAAUGAAGAACAAAGCUGCUGAUUAUGGUCUGCUACACAUCGCCGUUUGAGGCCGAAAUUAAGCGGUGGCUCGUUCACAUGUGCAAAAGCACCAGUUUGUGGCACACGCAGUGAAAGACAUUUCUCGCCCAAAAGGAUAAUUUGAUGCAGCAACCUGUGUACACUCCUAGAGGGGCACUGCAGCAUACCUUACACCCCACAUGGACCCCGGUAUAUGGGGUGCACCUUAUGGAUUGGGCUUGCCAAUUCAGGGGGCCCCAUGUCAAACCAUUUGCUCUGGGAGACCAUUCUCCCCACCACCACACUGAAAAAAGCCAUGUGAGAGUAGGCUUCUGAAAGCUGUGGGAUGGCAAUGCUCCAAGAUGUGCUUGAACCUAGCUAGACAACAUCCUCAACCAGUUGGAACAUCUCUGCCCUGAUGAGACAUUCAGUUCACUCAAGCAACUUCUCGUCAGGAACACAGAGAAGAGGGCCCAGUGAUUCAGAUAUUGCAGGCAGAGCGAGAUCAUCCCUGAGAAUCUUACGGGGAAGAUCUUUGCCAGUUAGAAAACGAGGUCCCCCAAACCAUCUUCACAGGCAACUGCUGUUCUGGUAAAUAUUUGGUCCCCACGUCUUAUGACUAGAUUAAAAAGGAAACCCUAAUAGGUUUUAAAGAUGAGGUGCUGGGAUUCUUGGAAAUCUGGUUUUCCAAAUUUAGGAGCAUAGGAAACUGCCAUAUACUGAGUCAGACCAUUGGUCUAUCUAGCUCAGGAUUGUCUUCACAGACUGGCAGUGGCUUCUCCAAGGUUGCAGGCAGGAAUAUCUCUCAGCCCUAUCUUGGAGAUGCUGCCAGGGAGGGAACUGGGAACCUUCUGCUCUUCUCAGAGCAGCUUCAUCCCCUUAAGGGGAAGAUCUUCCAUUGCUCACACAUCAAGUCUCCCAUUCAGAUGCAACCAGGGCAGACCCUGCUUAGCUAUGGGGACAAGUCCUGCUUGCUUCCACAAGACCAGCUCUCCUCUCCUAAAUUGCAGACUAGGUUAGACAGUGCCAUCGCAAGCAUCUUGCUUCAGGCUAGGAUUAUGCUUUGCAGAAUUCAGAAGCACUCAUGACAGGCCUAUCCAGAAAGGUUAGAAUGGUCCAAGGUACCACACAAAAAGGGGCAAAGCAGCUUCUGAAUCCCAUCUAUUUCUGCCAGCUCUCGCGACUUCCUCCUCGCCUUUCUCAGCUUUCCCCCAUCCCCUGAUGCUCAGACCGUGCUAACUGUGUGUACAUAUAUAUUAUAAAUAUAUGUAUAUUACAUAUUAUAUUGAGUGUUUCCUUAUUGUUGGUUUUAGUGUUAACUUAUUCUUUUUUUGUCAAGUGGACCAAAAAAAAAAAAAAAAGCGAACAGGAAUUGUAAUGCAGUAUUCGUUUCUAACUUAACAUUUUUUGAUUAAAGAAGUAUUUAAAAACAGGAAAAAAAUAGUAUAUUUCAAUGCAUAGCAGGCUUUGACAGAACUUAUGGAAGUAUCUUAUGCAAGUUAGCACCUCAUUCCACAGACAAUAUUUUAAUUAUAUUAAUAUUUAUAUACCGCUUUUCAACACGAAUUCCCAAAGCAGUUUACAUAGAGAAAUAAAAAUAAAGAUGGAUCCCUGUCCUGAAAGGGCUCGCUAUCUAAAAAGAAUCUGAAGACAGACACCACCACCAGCCGCCGCUGGAGGGAUGCUGUGCUGGACCUACAACUGCAAGUUUACUAUAUGACCAAUCCUACUAAAACCCCAGGGCUAGCACUGUGGCUGGGGGUGAUGGGAGUUGUAGUUCAGCAACAGCUGGAGAGCCAAGGCUGCCUAGCUCUGUUCUAAGGCCAUCUUGGUAUUUACUCUUCUUCCCCAGCACCCACAGCAAGUAAAAAACUGGCUGAGCCAAGCUGGCUGGCUGGUAGUCACCCUUGAUCCUGUUUUGACCCUAACCGGCAACUCAGAAAACAAGGGAUGGCUCCCCCCACCCUGCCCCGGGGUGCUCAGCUCCCCCGCCUUGCCGCCCUUGGCUGCCAAUCAUCAAGCCCGCCCACCACGGUAGCUGUGUGCCAGUGACACACGAAUCCAGCCUCCCACGAAUCGUUUUGCAGCCUUCCCAAGCUCGCCCAAUCGUCCAGAUGGACUGAACUCUGCCAGCUUCAAUCAUGAAUCCUGGCUAAAGAAACAAAAUGGCACCCAUCUUGGCAGCAAGAACUGGUCUGUUGUCCUACGUGCUGAACGGAGCCACAAGUCAUUUGCGUGUUCUCGAAGUGCACGGGGGUGUGCCUGACUGUACUGGAUCGUGGCCAUGACACAGCUCCAAGCCCACUGCCAGUCAACGGCAUGGAUUUUUCAAGCACCGUGAGUUGAAGGCUCGGGUGCCUGGUACAACUGUGCCAUUUCCCCCCGUGCCUCGUAGCGCCCACCAUCCAGCAACUGAGCCAGAGUUUUCUGCCCCUGCCAAUUUCAAACUCUGAAAUCUCAUGACUAGCAAGGAAGCUGCAAGCAACCGAGCCCCAACCCUCCUUAUUCUGCAAGGGGGGACCACACACACACACACACACACACCUUGUUCCCACGCUCUUCUGCAAGUCGUGCAUUUCAUACACCUUCCAGACCAAUAUUUCUUUAAUCAAAAUUUGUCAUCACUGGGGGGGGGGACGAUCCUUUUAAACACACACACACACACACACACACACAGUUGAAGUUAGCUCCUACUUUGCUUCAUUUCCCCCUCUCCUCCCCUCUCUCCCCCAAAUGUAAAGACAGUGAUUGUGCUAAUAAUGGAAAUUAAAAGUUGAAGGUAUUGUCUAUA